AUGAGGCCUUGGAGCUUGUUGGUAAUAGAGAGGCUUGACAAUGACUUGGCAUCGAUGGUGUGGUUUCAUCCUAAUGUCCCCACAUUUUCUGCUAGUAUCCGCAGCAUAUCUAAUAUAGACAUUGUGGAGGCUGACAAUCUGAAUUGCUUGCCCACACUCCUUGUCAUAUCUUAUAGUAGUAGUUCACUAUUGCAGCUUAUGGAAGUUUUAGAGUUGCCGAAGUGUUUGUGGACAAAAUUCUCUUCCGGCGAUUAUCGCUUUCCUUCUUCUUCGCGCGCGCAGCGCAGCCCCAGUCGAGAUAAGACGCGAGUCCACAGAGCGACAGAGAGAGAGAGAGAGAGAGAUGGCGUUGAAGCAGACGCUGCUAUCCACUGCAAACGCCAAGCCCUUCGUCUUCCCGGCACCGAACUCUUCUGGGUCUCCUCCGAACUCGCUCCUCCUCUCGUUCGCGCCGACCGUCGAGCACCUGACCCGCAGCGCCCGGCUGAGGUGCUCCUCCAGGCGGCCGCGUACCCGAGGCCCCAGGAGAUCCAGUGGAGGAAGGAGCUCACCAACUCCGUCCAGCUCAUCGGGAUCGUCUCGACGCCCGUCGAGGCCAGGGACUUGCCCUCCGGGAAGGUCGUCGCCUGGACCCGCCUCGCCGUCCGGAAGUCCCCCACCGACACGACGUGGAUAAAUUUGACAUUUUGGGAUGAGUUGGCACUUACUGCUUCUCAGCAUCUAGAGAAAGGUCAACAGAUAUUUGUGUCUGGUCGGCUGGUUUCUGAUGUAGUUGAAAGUGAUGAAGGAAAGCAACAGACUUUCUAUAAGGUCGUUGUUCAGCAGUUAAACUUCAUUGAAAGGAACCUCUCUCCAUUUGCGCUUAACGAUCAUGCGUCAGGUAGGAAUUUUGGCAGUGAUCCAGUCCACAAUAAUAGUUCCACUGUAGAACUCUGGCAAGCUUUUUUCGCCAAUCCCCUGGAAUGGUGGGAUAACAGGAAAACAAGGUACACCUUUUCUUCCCUUAAUGAUCCAAUGUAUAGGAUGAAACGUGACUGCUCUAUUAUGAUGUGUAGCUCUCACUCGCUUUGUCACAUUUGUGUGGACAACCAUGAUUGUUCAUGAGGUUUUAUCUUCAUAGGUGGUCCAAAUAAGCUGUAUGGCUGAGCUUUCUAUCAGUCAAUAACAAGUGAAUGCAUGUUCUUGUGCACACAGCCCUGGGCUUUCUUUGUGUGCUUUUGGGCAGCGGCUAAUAUGCUUAUUGCUGGUGUGUGGUGUCGUGCAGCAUGUAUAUCUAUGCAUGGGUGUCAGAAUGUCAUUUGUCGCAUCAUGUGUGAUAUCUGUAGUUUGCUGGCCAAGUGCAGUGCAAAGUCUUACUGCAUGUGAGUAUGUGGAUUUGUUGGUUUUAAUUUUGGUCAUCUUGACAUAAUUAUAUAGACCUGGAUCUUCAGUGAUGUGAGUUGAUAAGGUAAUAUUUCCCGGAAUAAUUCUCUGGAAAUUGACCAGUGAAGUAGUUUGCAAUGCCUUCUGCUGCUAAACAUUUCGAUGGGUUUUGGUCAACCUUAAUGAUCUCAAACAGACAUAGACAUCUUUUAUUUUCCAAAAGAAGCUCUGUUGGGUCAUUCACUAGUACAUAAAACAAAACUUAAAGAAGAUAAUGGGGUGCAAGAUGUCUUAGUAAAUCUUCACUAGAAUUCAGAUCUAAUUAAUGAAGGAAGAUGUCAAACCUGUUCCUGGGUGUGCCAAUUGGUGUUCUCUGGUUGUGUUCUUAUCAUGACGACCUAGGUGUAUACUACAAAACAGGUCAACCCGAACAAGACAUGAUUAUUUAAUUGUCUCGAUCUACAAAACACGGAUUAAAUAAAGGGUCAACAAGAAUACACGACCUGUGUGAUGUGACUAACAUACAGGUUAAUGGGUCAACAUGAUUGCUU